GAAACUGUUCUGCUGAAAGGAAGAAUUAACUGGUCUUUCAACUUCAGCCUUUUUAUUGUGAGAGGGGAGAUCACAGAAGUGUUACCAUGGGGAGAACAGCAGCUAAAGAACAGUUUAAUUGGGAUGAAUAUCUGAAAGAGACUGAAUCUGUAGCUGCCCCUCUACAUUGUUUCAGACAGUCUAGAAUUCCACCUACAAAUGAUUUCAAAGUUGGUAUGAAACUGGAAGCCCACGAUCCUCGCAAUGUUACCUCGGUUUGUAUAGCUACAGUAAUUGGAAUCACUGGUGCCAGACUAAGGUUGCGGCUGGAUGGAAGUGACAACAAAAAUGAUUUUUGGAGGCUUGUGGAUUCUUCGGACAUACAGCCCAUCGGGACCUGCGAAAAGAAAGGGGGCAUGCUCCAGCCUCCGCUUGGGUUCCAGAUGAAUGCAUCUUCUUGGCCAAUGUUUCUCUUGAGAACUCUCAAUGGAGCUGAAAUGGCACCUGCAGCAUUCUUUAAGAAGGAACCACCAAAACCUGUGCCAAACUGCUUUAAAGUUGGAAUGAAACUUGAAGCUAUAGAUAGAAAGAACCCAUACUUGAUUUGCCCGGCAACCAUUGGAGACGUUAAAGGAGACGAAGUUUUUGUUACGUUUGAUGGCUGGAGAGGAGCAUUUGACUAUUGGUGCAGAUGUGAUUCUCGAGAUAUUUUCCCAGUUGGAUGGUGUAGCUUGACAGGAGAUGCAUUACAACCACCAGGGAACAAUGUUUCCAUUACAAAGAGCAGUGCAAAAAUCCAAUCUUCCCCUUCCAAAGUGACCCGGCGUUCAAUGCAGUCUCCACAGAAAUCUGCUCCAGUACCAGCGCAACGGGGCAGGAAACCAGGUCGGGGCAAACCCCCUGGACAGUCUGCAGUUCCCAAGAAGGGCAGGUCUCCUAAAAAUAUUCCCCUGACAAAAACCACCUCUCAUACUGAAAACCUUAAAACAAGGAAAAAAAGUUUAAAACCUGGAAAAAAGAAACAAAGCAUUAGGAACAGUGAGGGCUUGCAGAAUUUCGGCAUCUUGAGUAUACAGCUGGAUUUGCCAAGCGAGUCUCUUAGAUACCCUCUAAUCCUGGAGUCUGGAUCUCUGUGGGCUAUGGGAUCUGUUGCUGGUGAUGUGCGGAAAGGGGUGGAGUAA